CAUUAAGCGAUGUCGGCGCGAAUUGUACCUUAGCCAUGAAUUCCUAGCUGGACUUGGGCACGGUCACGCUGGUCGCGUUCUUAGCGCGUCGACAGCCCGACGUCACACGCUUCGAUAGUAUAAACAAAUGUCUUUGUAUAAUUUCUCAGUCUCCGCCCUUGACAGCUUACAUCAGUGUAUCAGGCUCAGGAAUGGGACGAAGGAGACUUCCGUAACCCACGGUGCCUGCACCCCGUGGCAUCUUCGACACGCUUCCUCCGGAGAUCGUACACAAUAUCUUCAACUUGCUCACGAUGUUCUGAAUCUACGGCAGACCUGUACACUUUUCGCCAAAAUCGGCGAAGAUCACGUCCCAAAUGAGGAACUUGUGUACUACAACGCAGCAAGUUGGACAGCCUACACCACCUGGUCAAACACCCAAAGUUCUCUCAGCAAGUGGAAUCACUGUUGUUCCAUGGAGACCGCUUCCGACAGGACUGGAACUUCAGACCUAGGAGAAAGAAAGUGGCAUUUCCGGAUGCGGGCAUGUUCCUCCUCAGGAGAUGCCGGAUACGAGAACUCAGGAAGUCCGCGUUACCGGCGUGCAUACCUCCGCCAAACGCGCAAGCAAGUGGAGGAGGCGCGAGGAUGGAAGGACCUAGAGAGCGUCAUGUCGGCGUACAAAGCAUUCGCUGAGCUCGUAGACGAACAGAAAGCUAUGGUCAGAGAGGAGUAGGACUCAGCUGCCUUGGGAGCUUUGUUCAGAGGAUGUCCGGACCUCAAAGACGUUACGAUACCCUUUCGCGGAAGCGCUAUAGCAUCGGGUUGCCGGCCUGUGACCGCGUUUCAAGCGGCACUCUGUGAUGCGUUGGCUGACAUCGAGAGAAAGAAUACCAUAAUCUAUGAACUUCGCUCUCUUGCUGCAGCUGUAAGACGAGGAGGGAUCACCCUGACCAGCUUGACUCUCAAUACUGUGUCGUGGCGCAUGUUCGACAGUUACGGGAUGGGAGAUGCUUGGUUCGCGCUUGAGGAGCCCUGGAACGUCUGCGAAUCAAGAUGGAAGAUUGGAAGGUGGCGAAGAACGGUUACUACUACUGUGAUUACAAGGACUUCUCGCGCACGGAAGAG